GGAGCCAGUCUUCAUUUGUUCGUCGUACGUUGAACUUCAUACAGUAAAGUUUAAGAAUUUUACUUUGGCUGUUUGUGAUUGUUUAUACUCAUUCAAAGAAAUGUCGAUAUUCACAAAUCAAAAUGAAUUUGCGGAUGUGAUCACCACUCCACCCAGAUUGAACAAUACCGAUCCGUUAAAUCCCGGUGCAGAGGAAAUAGAGAAAAAACAAGAAAACGCAAGACGUAAACGUGAAGAUGGCUGUGACUGCUGUGAAUAUUAUUAUUAUACCAGUGCAACCGAUACUACCGACAGCGAUUGCUGCCUAACACUAUGUUGUUUUGAUUUUUGGGAAAGUUGUGGAGAUUGCUGUGGUAAAUGUUGUGUCGAGUGUUGUUGUUGCGGCGGUGAGAAUGGUUGCUGCACUGAUGCUGACGGAUGUUGCUGUCCUCAUAUUAGUUGUUGUUGUGAUGGAGGUGAUGUCGGCGAUUGUUGUGAUGGGUGCGAUUCUUGUGAUUUGUAGUGAAGGAGUGCACACAACAUUCCCAUAAGAAGUCGAAAUAUUUCAAUGCACUCAACAUGUACCUUUGCUGUUUGUAGCUAGAGUUACACUCGACGAGUGUUAUUGUUGGAUUGUCACUAUGCUCAAAUUAGUUUAUGUGUAA